AUGGAUUUUAUAGCUAAUAUUAAAAAUGUUUAUAGUAUUGCUGCUCAUCAAAAUUUAGUUUCAACUGUUAAAUUUCAACGACAUUAUUUAGUAACUGUUUCUUAUGAUAAUACAAUUAAAUUAUGGAUGCAUCCGAUAUGGUCAGCACUUUAUUCUUCAACAGGUCAUGAACAAAAAAUAAUGUCAGCUGAUUUAACAAAUUAG